GCGGCGGUGGUGGCAGCUCGGCUGCGUGGGGGAGGUGAAGCAGCGGCGGCAGCGGCCGCGUGGUCGAAGGGAAGGGGCGCCUAGGGUUCCUCCUUCCCCAACCCCAACCAGCUCUGCAGGAACCGACGCCCCAAGCUCGCCAACGAGAUCUCGCUCUCACCGUCAACACCAGAAAAAGCUUCAACCCAUGGGACCUGGACGAACAGUCCGGCCACCAAGAAAUGCCCCGCAAUCUCAAGGUCAACAUUCUGGGAGUACCUCAGCAUCAAAAUCCAGGAAGGUACGUGGGAUAAAUAAGGGAAAGGGCUUGGAGCGUUUGAUCAAAAGGGCAGGUCAUCCACUAAACUUGACCAUCUCCGAAGAGAGAAGACCUAUUGGAGAAAAUAAUGAAUUACUUUCCAGAGAGAUUGGACUUCUUACACGGUACCAUGCACCUAUCCAACGUGCCGGGUGGCAUAGUCUGACUGAGGAUGAUAAGGAGCCGUUGUAUGAACUUCUAAAGCUUAAGUUCAAUCUUGAUUUCACCCAAGAUCAUAUCAAAGGCUGUGUGGAUCUGCUAUUCUCUUCAAGCUACAAAAGUUUCCGUCACAAGUGUUAUGAACAUUAUGUAAAAUCUGGUGAUGAUGCUAGAAGCAAUCCAUAUCCUCCCCUUAUUGAUAAUAGAGUUGGAGACUGGAUUUGGCUCUGUGAUCAUUUUGAAACAGAAGAAUUUAAGAAACGGUCCACAAUUGGGAAGGCUAACCGCUCAAACCUACCUUAUGUUCACAAGAAGGGAACAAAGUCAUUUGUAGCGGUUCAACAUGAAUUAAAUUGUGGCGAUAUCAGACUAUACAAGGAGUGUUACUCUAGUGAUAAGAAGGGAUGGGCAUCAGAAGAUGCCAGGAAUAAACAUGAAGAAAUGUUGCAAAAGCAAAAGGAACCUAUAGAGGAGGGUGAAGUACCUUUAACAGAGCAACAGAUUUGCGAGCAUGUGCUAGGUAAGGCAUAUGGUUACGUCAGAGGUCGGGGUCAUGGACCAAAACCAAAUAGAAGGGCUUACUCAAGCACAUCAAGCUCAACUCAGCAUGUAGUGGAAGAAUUGGCCUCUACAAAGGAGAUUGUUGCUACGCAGCAAACUCAAAUUGAGGCUCAACAAUCUCAACUUGAAGCUCAACAGAAGAAGAUCGAUUGGCUACAAAGUGUCGUGUCUAACUUGGUUGGCAUUUCACCUCCUAUGGACGGCACUAGUGCAACAGGGCUAGGUUUCACAACUGAGCGGCCAAUGCCAUCUGACGGAAUAGGUUCGCUGAUGUCUAACACUGUAGAAAGGAUGUCAAGUUUUCCAAGAUCAUUUGCAAGGUAA